AUGUUUACAAUGCUGCCAGUCGAGAUCGCCCAAAUGAUCGCGGGCCUAUGCUCCACGCGAGAUCAAGCCGCCCUUGUUCUCACCUGCCGACAGCUCUUCAGAGUAUGCAACGAAGUGCUCUACCGAAAUGACUGCGAGAAACUAGGCUCCUUCUCCGUUUUCUCUGCCAUUGUUCGUUGUCACGACGAUUCCGUGGCUCUGGGCACCCUAAGAGCUGCGGUGCAUGGGGGGGCGAAACUAUGGCAGUGCCGAGGCAUGGACGGGUUUCUAUGCCCUCUACCUCCAGAGCCUCACUUUAUCGCCUACUCUCCUUUGCAUCUGGCGGCGAAGCGAGGGCGAAAUCUCGUCGUCUCGUUUCUCUUGGACAAUAAUGUUCCGGCGGAUGGCCCUCCCAACAUGACCAGCACACCCCUGUUCGAGGCCAUCAUCAACAGAAGAGAGAAAACGGCAAUUCUUCUCCUGGAGCGCGGCGCAUCUCUACGUACCGGCAAAAGCAACCUUGGCGUCCUGCAUGCUGCGGUGCAGGGAUGCCUUCCCAAUCUCGUCACACAUCUCGUCAGGAAUUGCGGGAUCGAUGUGAAUAGGCCGACGAUGCCCGGCUGUACGCCGCUUGAUCUUGCUAUGAGCCACAGGAUAGGGCCGAUGGUUGAGACGCUUAUCAUGCUUGGGGUAGACAUGUAUGGACGUCUACUCCGCUGCUGUGAGCUUGGAGAUCAUCGCGUUGGGCGAUGGCUUAUCCAGUCAGCGGGCUGGGAGCUGUCCGGCCGGUUGAGUCUGGACCAGAUUUUCAGACUCAUCGACGUCACAGUGGCAGAAAGAGUCACUCCAUCUAUGCGCGAUGACAGGAACGUAUUCUGUGAUGCCCUGCUGGGCCUUCUGGGACAAGCCGCCUCCAGAUGUGGGCGAGAUGCAAGGGUUGGCUACGAAAUCGACGGCUUUCUCGGGGGCCACCUCAGCAGACUCGUCGGGAUUCAGCGACCGAGUAUCGACCGGGGGCUCGCUUUGGUAUUUCUAGGACAUGGUGCGAGAAUACAGGACGGGAUACUCCUCGACCUUCGAAGUGUUCUGCUUUCGGGUGAUUUCUUUCCUUCUAGGCACAGAGCUCUUCGAAAGAAUCCGAGUCUGCUGCAGAGCUUCGAUUUCAUCCAAAAUGAAUGCCUUAAAGACUCAUCGCAUCCGCCGCCGGGUUCUGCGCGGUAUUUUGGGAAUCAAGUGGCUCAAACCGUACAGGAUCUCGUGGACGAGUUAUCACGUCGGAAUCUACCUCUUUCAUUGAAAGGUCUCAUCAAGUAUGAAGUAAGCCUGAUCGAGAUGUCGAAAGAAUGA